UGGAGGCGGGUGCCCCGGAUGUAAUACCGGCGAAAGCAUCUUUCUUUUUCUUCCCCGUCCGACCCUGGGUGCCUAGGUGAGCACCGGCGGCUGGAGGAAAUCUACUGCCAAUCAUGCCAAAGAGGAAAGUAACUUUUCAGGGUGUUGGAGAUGAGGAUGAUGAAGAUGAACUCAGUGUUCCCAAAAAGAAGCUGGUGGACCCUGUGGCUGGAGCAGGUGGUCCUGGGAGCCGAUUCAAAGGCAAACACUCUUUAGACAGUGAUGAAGAGGACGAUGAGGAGGAGGGGUCCAGCAAAUAUGAUAUCCUGGCCUCAGAGGAUGUAGAAGGUCAGGAAGCAGCUACUCUCCCUAGUGAGGGGGGUGUGAGGAUCACACCCUUCAACCUCCAGGAAGAGAUGGAGGAAGGCCACUUUGAUGCUGAUGGCAACUACUUCCUGAACCAGGAUGCACAGAUCCGAGACAGCUGGCUGGACAACAUUGACUGGGUGAGGAUCAAGGAACGGCCACCUGAUAAGCACCAGGUCUCAGACUCAGAGGAGGAAGGCAGCCUGGGUCAGACUCCGAUGAGUGCCCAGGCACUCCUGGAGGGACUUCUGGAGUUGUUAUUGCCAAGAGAGACAGUGGCUGGGGCACUUAGGAGGCUGGGGGCCCGAGGAGGAGGCAAAGGCAACAGCAAGGGGACUGGACGGCCCAAUUCCCCCCAGCGUCUAGACCGGCUGUCUGGGUUAGCUGAUCAAAUGGUGGCUCGAGGCAACCUUGGUGUUUACCAGGAAACAAGGGAACGGUUGGCUAUGCGACUGAAGGGUUUGGGGUGUCGGACCCAGGGAUCCCAUGACCCCACACCUCCACCUUCCCUCGACAUGUUUGCUGAGGAAGUAGCAGAGGGGGAACUGGAAACUCCAACCCCUACCCAUGGAGAAGAAGCAGAGUCUGCAGGAGAUGGUCUGAUGGAAGUGAUGUGGGAAUAUAAAUGGGAGAACACGGGGGAUGCUGAGCUGUACGGCCCCUUUACCAGUGCCCAGAUGCAGACCUGGGCGAGUGAAGGUUACUUCCCGGAUGGUGUCUAUUGCCGGAAGCUGGACCCUCCAGGCGGUCAGUUCUACAAUUCCAAGCGCAUUGAUUUUGAUCUCUACACGUGAGCCCACUAAGGGCCCAGUGUGGCCGCCCCUUCUUUCUUGGACUUGGCAGAGGAGGCCCCAGCUGCCCUGGGUAGUGAGGAUAUUGGAGGCUACUCCAAAGCUGUUGUCUCUUUCCUAAUAAAAGCCUUGACUGUGUUGAUGGCCAAGAGCCAGGGCUUCUCCGUAGCUCCUUUUGGCUUCACCUGGUAGGUCCUUGAGUGUUUCCUCCCUAGAGACGUCCUCACAUGCUUCUCUCUGCUCUCUUAACCACCUCAGUUUUUGGAGGCAGAGGUAGGGCCCAUAAGGUGUCCUGUGACUUUCCUACUUAGACUUCUACUUGUGUGAAAUUCUCUCCUGUCACUCUUAUCUCCAGUCCCCCUUCCAAGUCCCUGUUCGGCUGAGCUUUGGCUUUUAGUUCCUCAAAUUCUCUGUCCUGGCAGCUCCCUUGUAGCUGGGACAUUGGGAAGACUUUGAAAUCCUAUUGGAUUAAACAUGGAUUCUCUUCUUC